AUGUGGUGGCGCCUCCUACUACUGAGUACACUUGCAGCUCUUGGAGCAGCUGCUGCACCAUUAUGCUCACCCGCGCCAUCAACCCUACAUCUCCCCGACGCGCCAUACGACAACUUCUUCUAUUCCGACUGCAACACGGCUGUUCAGGUCGUUGUAACCAGCCCACAAUCUGAUAGUAAUCCUUCUCUAAUCUCACCUCGGCUCGUCAUUGCUUGGCCUGCAGGCAACAGCGGUGUAUGCACUUAUUUCGCGCCUCAGAAUGGUGUCAAUGGCAGUCUGAGUAUUGAGGCAGUAAAUUCGACUAUUGGCAACCCAUUGGCAGCAACGUAUAAUGAUAGCAAUGCCACUUCUGGAAACAGUACAACCCCUUUCUAUGGUGUUACCGGGACUAUUCGCUUCAAUUCUUCUGCUAUCCUCACCAUUCCGAUUCUUGGAAGUAUCCGGACUAUUCGAGACUUUGUGGAAGGGCCUAGUCUUUUGCAGCCACGGAUUCAGGAUGCUAUCAAUGUAUCCAGUAUAUCAAAUGGUGGAGCUCUCCUUGAGCGUCUCUGGCUCGAUAAUGUGACCUCGACUCAUCUCAACUUCACACCUGCGUCUACAAACGUAUCUGUCACCGUUGGCAAGGACAAUAGCCUGAUAUUCGAAGCCGGUGACUAUAUCUUCACAGCUCAAUUCAAUUAUCCGCAAUUAAAGCAACUGUCUCCAGCCCAGGUAUUAACCAACAGCUCCACGGAUCUCAUACAACGAGAUUCGGAACGAACAUCGGCUUUAUCUUUCCUGUCAUAUUCCACUAAGCUUUUGGCUGGUGCAUGGCGUUUUUUGACAUACUUUGGUCGUGAUUCUAUGAUUUCUGCUCUUUUGUUAGAGCCUAUUCUUAGUAAAGGUGAGAAUGGUGCCAUGGAAGCUGUCAUUGCUGCGGUUUUGGAACGAAUCAAUAGGAUGGAUGGCAGUGUAUGCCACGAGGAGACUAUUGGGGAUUAUGCUACAUGGUUGAAUGAGGGUCAAUAUGGAUUGUAUAGCACCGAAGCACAAUGCGACUACAAAAUGGUCGAUUCUGACUUCUACCUCCCCAUCUUGAUGAAUAAUACUUCUGCGGGAGCUUUCAACUCAAGUAGCGGUGACCUGACCUACCAACAAAUGAUGGCCAUCAACGCAGAACGCAUCAUGAACUUGGCUGCACCUUUUGCCGGUGACAAGAACCAGACCAAGGACAACUUGGUUCAUCUCAAGGAUGGACAGAUUGUUGGUGAAUGGAGAGAUAGCGCUUACGGUAUCGGGGGCGGCCGUAUUCCUUACGAUGUCAAUACAACCUUGAUGCCUGCAGCUCUUCGGGCGAUUGGAUCUCUUGCCCGCAACAACUUCGUAAAUCAAACACACUGGGCUAACCUUGCCGAUAGAUACGCUCAAGUCUGGGAAGAUGAGACUCUCGGCUUUUUCAAAGUAACUGUUCCGGAGUCAAACGCAAAACAGCUUGUAUCUUCUUAUGCGCAGACAAUUAGCUUAACCGGACCAAAUCAAACCGACACUAUCGAUGGCGAUGUCAUUUACCAUGCUCUCGCACUCGAUGGCAACAACAACCAGACUCAGGUCCUCAUAAUGAAUACGGACGACUGCUUCCGUCAUUUCCUGCUCAAUACUACCGGAGAUCAGGACCAACUCACCGUCUUCGUGAAUCAGACCGCGAACAAUAUUCGCCGCACAUUCCCUGCCGGGCUGCUAACGGACGCCGGUGUAAUUGUCGCCAACCCGGCAUACGGUCAAGAUCCGGUGUAUGCGCGCAACUGGACCAGUGGUGCCUAUCAUGGAACAGUGAUUUGGUCCUGGCCCUUGGCUAUGAUGGCCAAGCAACAACUCAGUCGAUGUGAGACAGGUAACAACUCAGCCAGCCAUGCACAUAUCAGAACCCCCGACUUUUGUAACGAUGCUGCAGUCUACGACAAUGCGAAAACAGCCUACAACGUCCUCUGGGACUCGAUUGAGGCCAACCAAGCUCAGCUGUCUCAAGAAGUUUGGUCUUGGAUAUAUGACAGUAGUAAUGAUACAUUCGUUCCCACGCCGCUUGGGGUUAUGCCUCCUCCACCUGGAACGGCGAGUCGGACUGGUAUGUCAGCUUUCUAUCCUUAA